AUGGCACGUCGAACGGUAUGGAAACCCCGGAUUCCUAGACAGUUAAUCGCAUUAUUAAAUUUAAUCAAUCAUUACCCGAUAUUGCGAGCUGCUGUCAAAUCAUUUAGUGAACGAUUUAAUCAAUUUAAAAUUUAUAGCGACAAUUUCAGUUUUCUAUACAAUAUUGGUGAUCUCCAAAAAAUAACUAAUGACGACCUUAUGAAGAGUUGCUUAGAUUUACAAAAUUAUCUAAGUGACGGAGAAUUAUAUGAUAUAGUUGCUUCUGAAUUGUAUGAAGAGUUACUAGUUUUUCGUCAUACAAUGAAAGAAGAUUCUACGCCAAUAGAAGCAUCAAGCACUCAGUUUUUAAAAACAAUUCCUGGUGCUUUUACAGCUUUUCCUAACAUAGUAAUUUCACUCCGAAUUUUGUUAACCAUACCAAUCACCUCAGCGUCAGCAGAAAGGAGUUUCUCAAAGCUCAAAAUAAUCAAAAAUUACCUAAGAAACACAAUUUCUCAAAAACGAUUGACUGAAUUGGCUACUAUUGCAAUUGAAAAUGAAACAGCAAAUACAUUGAAUUUUAUGGACGUCAUAGAGUUGUUUGCGUCCAAAAAAUCAAGAAAAAAAUUUUAA